UUGGGGCUGGCUGGGGACGAGGAGUGAAGUGCAGACGUGGUUGUCUGGCUCACUGCCCCCCAAAAUGGACCCAGCUGAGGGGUUCUGUUCUCUCUACCUACAAGCUCUGUUUUAGACCAUGUUCCUGUCAUCUAAUAAACCUUCUGUUUUACUGGCUGGCUGAGAGUCACAUCUGACUGCGAAGUUGGGGGGCAGGACCCUCUGGCUUCCCCAGGACCCCGCCUGGGCGGACUCGCUGUGGGAAGCGCACGGAGGGGCAGAGGAUGCUGAAUGCUCCGAGGUCAGACCCAGGAAGGUGGAAGUUGUGUGAGCUGUGUGUCCUGAAGAAAGGAGACUUCCCCAGAGUCCUGACUGGCUUCAUGGGGAGCAGUUCCAGAGCAUCGCCCGGGGACUCCGUGACAACUGGUGGUAGCGGUGGGAUGUACUGCACCCCGUGGAUGGCGCUUCCUGCAAUGGUCGCCUCUGUGAAGCUCUGGCCCAUGCUGGUUGCUGUGACCCUCUGCGUGCUGUUCUGCUUGGGGGCGCUGGUGGAGGCCUACCCCCCGAAACCAGAGAACCCCGGAGACGACGCCUCCCCGGAAGAAAUGGCCAAAUACUUCUCUGCCCUUCGGCAUUACAUCAACCUAGUGACGAGGCAGCGGUAUGGGAAGAGAUCCAGCCCCGAGGCCUUGAUGUCCGAGCUGCUCUUCGGGGACAGCAGUGACCACGCCGACAGAUCGCGGUACGAGGACUCCUACCUAUGGUGACGGGCUCCCUGCUCCCCCCUCCCGGUCUCUUUUUAAAUGUUCCGAGUCUUUUGGUGUCAUUUGCGUUUUUAAUUGAACCCUGAGGAGCUGGAAAUCUCUCUGCAAAGAGGGUCUUCCCUCCUCCCCCCCCCACUCUUUCCUGGCCCCCUCCCCAGCCCCACCCCAGCCCCCUCCGAGGCACCGAGGCCUCCCUCCCGUACAGCACCUGGAGAGGCUGCCUCGCCGUGCUCGGCGCUGUGGACCGCCCCCCAACCCCACGGCGGGGGUCACAGAGAUGGAUGUGGGCCCUGGGGGCGCGGGGGCAGGGGGCCUCUCUGGGUUGUCGUUGUAAUGAUGUCUGUGUGCAGUGGCCAGUCUGAGCGGCUGGAUCCCGACCCCUCGCUGUCCCCCCGAAUCGGGUUGAUUUUAUUUUGUACGUCAUUUAUAUAUAUAUAUUUCCAGUUGAGCCUCUGGUCUCUGCCUCCAUAAUAAAGAGCAAGUUGAA